ACGGAAGGAAAUGUUUCUUGGAGCAGAACAGACCGAAGCAUAUUAAAAAAAACGCUGUUUUGUUGCAAUGGAACAACAAAUUUUACGCAUUGUUGAUAUUCAACAAAAACAAAAAGCAGUCAAUAGUAGUACGUUGACAUUUGUAAAUUGUUUCCGUCCCAAAGGGCCAAAGUGUUUUGUGUUUAUUUAAAUUAUGUUGAUUGAAGGAACAGUCGUUGUGUGUGGGUUAAUUAAAUUGUUUAAACCAGCGGCAUUUAUUAAUUAACAGAUCAUGAUAUACUUUAUCAACUUCACCCUCUUCUAAGAUGGGUAAUCUACAAUCCGAGGGUGGUAAGCCAGGAAAAGGGCAAAAAGGUGGCAAAUUAAAAAAACGAUUGCUAGGAGGAAAGCAGUCCAAAACUGAAGAGUGGGUUAGUGUGGUACCUGAAGACGUCGAUGCCACUACUGAUCCCGAUAAAAUUUCAUCACCUAUUUUAAGUAGCAGUCGGAUUAUUGAAGAUGAAGAUAAAGAUAUUUGUAAAACUACUUCAAGCUCGGAAUCAAAUUUUACCCUAGCGCUUACCCCAGCAGGUUUAAAUGGUUUAAAUCACGAUUCCAUUUCGACAGUUAUUUCCGAUAUGCCACCGUUAAUUGAACAAACUCUAGAUGGAUUCGAGGAGCGACAGGCGGAUGUGACACCAUCCAUCGAGAAUGGCGGAAAUGAAGAUUUUCAUUCACUUUCCGAUGUGUUUCAGCCGCUCAAUAUAUUUAAAUUAAAUGAAUAUAGAGCUAGGAUCGAUCAGGAAAAAGUAACUAAGCUAAGCAAGCUAGACGUAACAAAAACUUCACAAAUAAGCUUAGAGAGUGAUGGAACCGGCUUUUCUACUGGGGUAAUGGAAAUGACAGAUGACAAAAGUCCAAGUAAAAGUGAAGAGGGUUUAUUAAACAGUACAGCAGUAGAUGAAAAUUUUCACAAGAAUGGCACUUCUGAAACAAAUAAUAUUGGUGGUUUACCUACCUAUAGAAGAAUAAUGUCAGUACCAUUGGAUGUAGGUACUAUUUCAGAUGGCGCUGCAUUGCAAAAAUCAACAUCUUUGAGUAGAGCAGAGCUUGAGGCUCGGGUACAACGACCAAAAUUUGUGCCUGAAAAAUUGGAUUUUCGAUUGUAUGAGAAAUUUGAAGGACACAUGUUAAUCAACUGGUAUAUCUCAGAGCUAAGCACUGAUAGCCCCGCUAAACUGCAGCUCGGAGUAUCUGAGCUCAAGUUGCUGGCUUCCCAGUUUUGUACCCAUCUGCUUGCAGCUGGAGUAUUACGACAACUGCCGGAUCCUGGUGUACAACCAACAACAAUUUUUAGGCCCGACUGUAUUUACUUUUGGAGCCAUGCAGAAGUUCUUCAGUCACAACCCCAAACGCCUGGCAGACUGACUAGUCUUUAUUGGCCUCCUGCCUCACCAUGCGAGGCAUUGGCCUCACCUAUCGAUGUCACAGACGACGCUGGAAUAGACUUGUCCAUAAGGCCACAAGAAAUGAAAAAUUCUGCUAGAGAUGUCGAAAUAUUAUCUUUAGAAGAAGAAAUCAGAAGUUUGAGGCAGGAAGUGGAAAAAUAUAAAACGUUGAUCCAAAUACAAAAUUUAACCUCUUCUGCAGUAAAAGACUUUGAAUCUCCUGUUGAAGAAAAAGACAAACAUUUUGGAAUAUUAGAAACUAAAACAUUAAAAAAUUACGUUAAUGUUUCAGUAAAUACUGUCAGCUUUAAGCAAGAAAACUUCACUCAACAUAACGUAGAAUUUAAGGAAUUUGGUUCACAGACCGAUAAAUAUAAAACUGCAGAUAAACUUACUCAAACAGAUAAGGAUCCUAAGACAUCGCAUAAAGAAUCUGACCAUCAUAUAAACGACAUUACAACCUUAACAGCAGCUCCUCCUCGCCCUCCUCCUUUACCAGAAGAAUCCUUCAUUUCUUCACCGACACCUCCUUCCCUAAUAACUAGUCAAGCUCCACCUCCUCCACCACUACCAAACUUACCACCACCCCCUCCGCCAUUACCUGGAGGAUAUGAACUUCCUCCUCCUCCUCCUCCGCCACCACCACUUCCAUUACCUUUUAUUAAAGAUGUAGCACCUCCUCCUCGAACUUGUCCUGGGAUGCCUCCACCACCACCAAUGCCUAAUGGAGGCAUGCCACCUCCUCCACCCAUGCCCGGCAGUAUGCCACCCCCUCCGCCAAUGCCAGGCAGUAUUCCACCUCCUCCACCAAUGUCCAGUGGCAGUAUGCCGCCUCCACCACCGUUGCCCGGAAUGGAUGGAGCACCAAGACCUCCGCCACCACCAGGAGGUCCAAUGCCGAUGCCUGCACCACCUCCUGGAGGGUUUAAUCCGCAGAAAGCAGGACGUCAAAUAUUCCCGUUAUAUCAUUAUUUAGCUAUGAAAAAAGCUCCAAUAAAUCCACCUGUGCCAAUGAAACCAUUAUACUGGACUAGAAUUCUUGUUGCUCAAGCUGAUAAGCCCGAAGAAGGAUCAGCAGUUUGGGAUGAAAUUGAAGAAGUACCAUUGGAUUUACUUCCAGAUGAUUUUACGAAACUUUUUUCUAGACAGUUAACAAACCGAACUUCAACUAUAAAAAAGCAAGUACAAAAACCCAAAGUACAAGUAGUAAAAUUAUUAGAUAAUAAGCGAUCCCAGAAUGUUGGAAUCUUAGCUCAAAGUCUUAGAAUAGAUUUUCAAGAAAUAGAGAACGCAAUUUACAGUUUUGAUACAUCAGUCGUUAAUUUAGAAGCUCUACAGCAGAUUUACGAAGUGAGAGCGACAGAUGAAGAACUAUCUCUUAUAAAUGAACAUCUGAAGUCUCAACCUGAUGUACCUCUUGAUAAACCAGAGCAAUUUUUGUACGAACUAUCCCAAAUAUCGGAUUUUGCUGAAAGAAUAGCAUGCUUAUCAUUCCAGGUAGAGUUUGAAGAUGCUAUCACAACAAUUGGUCAUACGUUGGAUAAUUUUCGUUGUACAUGCGAUUUUCUUACAAAAAGUCCAGAGUUAAGACGAGUACUAGCAUUGGUACUUACUUUAGGAAAUUACAUGAACGGUGGAAAUAUUGCGCGCGGACAAGCAGACGGAUUUGGAUUAGACGUCUUAUCUAAAUUAAAGGACGUAAAAGCUGCACAAGCUGGUGUAACUCUGUUACAUUUUGUUGUUAGUACAUAUGCAAGAAAAUUUAAUUCUGAAGGUAAUACUCCUCUUCCAUUACCAGUACCUGAACCUGGUGAUGUUCGAAGAGCGAUGGCCCUGGAUUUUGCCUCGAUGUCAGAAGAGUUGGGUAGGCUUAGAAAUAAAUUAUACGAAUGCGAGAGAAAGACUGAAAUAAUCAUAGGAAAUUCGUCCCCGGAUAAUUUACAACCGUUUAAGGAUAAAAUGGAAACUUUUCUUGAAAAGUCCCGAUCCCAACUUGAAAAUGAAUGUCAAAAUCUUGAAGAGUGUCACAAGCAGUUUAUAGCUACGAUGAAAGUGUACCUGUUUAAACCAAAAAGUGGAUCAUUAGAAAAUUUCGCCCCAUCUGCAUUUUUUGAACUGUGGUUACCAUUUUGUAUUGAUUUCAAAGACAUAUAUAAAAAGGAGAUCAUGAGGAUACAGAUUGAAAAAGCUCAAGAGCUAAAACGUAAAGAAUAUCUGAAAGCCAAUGCAAUAAAAGAAAGGGAAAGUGGACUAAAGGCGAAAUUUAAGAAAGCCAAAGCAAGGUUGGUGGAUUCGAAGAAACCACAAGAAGGAAGUCACGAUACUUUGUAAAAUUUUGUAUUUUUGUCUUGUACAUAGUAGGUAGAAAUGCUGUUUUUGUUUAUAGAUAUUUAUUAGUAAUGCACCUAUUAAAAUAUUGCUUUUAAUUAAAUUUAAAAGUUUAAUAUUAGAGCUUAACUUGUUGAGAACAAAUCCAUUUAAGAGUAUAAUAUUGAAAUAAAUAUGUCUUCCUAUGGAACACA